AUGGAUCGCGCAAUCGAUGAAUUGCGCGAUGACCUGAAGCACGAGCGCGACCGGCGCUACGCUUUGACUGAUACCGUGUGGAAGAACCGCAAGGAUCACGAGGCUGAUCGGGCGAGGGAUCGCGCCGAUUAUGCCACAGCGCAGCUUCAGGUCGAUCGGGAUGUCCGCUCCCUAUUCGGCGAGCUGGCGACAGCUCGCGGGGAGAUAUCUCGGUUAAGUUCCGAGGUAUCAUAUCUGCGCGACCAGACGGAUCGUCUGGAGCGCGAACGCUAG